CUAUGAAUUUUGUAGCCAUUGUUAGCCUUAACCCUUAGCCCAGUCCAAUAAUUCAAGCUCUGACUAGCUUCCCAUCGUAUCGUACUGUCUCGUCUUCAACGUUUCAACGCCAUAGAUUUGACGGCAAAAUUUCAACAGAUAUUCUCACGCGCCGCCGACGACCGCCGACCGCCACCGCCACUUAGAGCUGUUUCUGCUUCAUUAUAAUGGACGAUACUGUGAAAGUUAUACACCAAUUACACACGUGAUUCUUCCCGCUGUCAGUUUCAAUGGACUCCUCAAAAUUACCAAAUCCUCAAUCCAUGCGGGUCCUAAUUCGACCUCCGAUUCCACCUACCCACCCCCAAGUUCCACCCCUUCCUCCCCACCCACCUCCAUCAGACGUACCACCUCCACUCACCCCUCAAAACGGUGUCGUCGUGGUUGGCUUUAUCGGAAAACGCCAUGAUGACGUGGCUUAUUUGAUGAACCGGAUUAUCGACUCUAAUGUGUUUGGCUCGGGGGGUUUAGAUAGGCCGAUUUUUGUUGAAAAACCGGAAUUUGCUGUUACUGAGUACAUGAAGAGUUGGUUUGAGUGUAGGAACAUAAGCUAUUAUCACGGUGAGGAAAAGGGGAUUUUGUACUUGCAAUACUCUUCAACUCGAUGCCCUGUGAUGAUGGAAGACAAAAAUUUGGAGUCUAAAUUGGGAUUUGAUUCAAUUUUGGAAGACCGCGAAUUUGGUGAUCUCCAAGCUAUGCUCUUUAUGUUCUCUGUUUGUCAUGUUGUAGUUUUUAUUCAAGACGGGUCACGCUUUGACACCCAGGCACUGAAGAGAUUUCGCAUCUUGCAAGCAGCUAAACAAGCAAUGACUCCAUUUGUGAAGUCACAAUCUCUGUCACCCUCUGGAUCUGGCUCACCUUUUGCAUCUCCAUCACGUAGAGGUGCAUCUGGAAGAUCAUCUAACAAUCCUUCUCCUAUCAAAAGCCGAGGCAUUUUCAACCGAAAUAAUUCAGCAAUUACUUUGAUGUCAGGUUUAGGUUCAUAUACCUCUUUAUUACCCGGGCAAUGUACUCCAGUUACGCUUUUUGCUUUUCUUGACGAUUUUGCUGAUGAUUGUCCUAGUUCUAGUGUUGAGGAGCCAACUGAUAUUUCCUCAGCGAAUCAAUCAUCUAGUGCUGGUACCUCGGCUCGGCCAAGCUUGGCUCCAAAAGGUUCUGGUUCUGUGGUUGUGCUUGCACGUCCUGUGAGUAAAUCUGAAGGUGGGUUCAGGAAGAAAUUGCAGUCUUCUCUGGAGGCACAGAUUCGUUUCUCCAUUAAAAAAUGCCGGACGCUGUCUGGUUCUGAAACUGGUCAUACGGGUUCAAGAAGUGGGGGUGUGUCAAAUUCUGCACCUCUGUUUUCCCUUGAUGCAUCAAAGGCUGUUGCACUUUUAGAUAUAACAUCUAAUAAGAGAGGUGAAUCCCUUGAAUUUGCCACUGGUCUUGUGGAAGAUGUUCUGAACGGGAAAGCAACCUCAGAUUCUCUUCUGCUUGAAAGUCAUAGCCAGAGUGCAAAUAGAGAAGACAUACUUUCUGUCAAGGAGUUCAUCUGCAGGCAGGCUGACAUAUUAAGAGGAAGAGGGGGUGUGGUUUCCAAUACCAACAGUGGUCCAGCUUCUGGUGUUGGCAUGGUUGCUGUUGCUGCUGCAGCAGCAGCUGCUUCUGCUGCUUCCGGGAAGACAUUUAUUUCUCCUGAACUUCCACAUUUGGAGAAAUGGUUAUCUUCUAGUCAGCUUAUUCUGCAAGCAAUCCUUUCAGCAAAACAUGCCAUUUUGGAUGAGACUGAAAUUAGUAAGAGAAAGCUGCAACAAAGAAAUUCCGUUUCACCACCUGUUGAAGGAAAUGCCUCAAAAGUUUCAGAUCCACUUGAGAUUGCAAUGUCUUAUUUGGAGAGAGGUAGAGGGGUAAAUACUAGGUUUUCUACUUUAUGGUGCCAAAAGGCCCUUCCAGUAGCUAAGGCGACAUAUCUAAAUGAGUUGCCUCCGUGCUACCCAACUUCCCAACAUAACGCCCAUUUGGAGAGGGCUCUGCAUGCCUUCAAUUCAAUGGUAAAGGGACCUGCUGUACGGUUUUACUUGCAGAAACUGGAAGAUGAGUGCACAUCCAUCUGGACUUCUGGCAGGCAACUAUGUGAUGCUGUUAGUCUCACGGGAAAACCAUGCAUGCACCAAAGGCAUGAUGUAGAAACUGGCGGUUUAUGUUCAAGUGAUGACAUUAAGCCACAUUCCAGUGGGUACGUCUUCCUACAUGCAUGUGCAUGUGGUCGUUCAAGACUCCUGCGGCCAGAUCCUUUUGAUUUUGAAACAGCUAAUGUUACUUUCAAUCCUUCGAUGGAUUGUGACAAGCUUCUUCCCACAAUUCAGUUACCCCCAGGAAGUGAUACAGGUGGGCCCAUUCAGCCCCCUUCUUGGAGUUUAAUUCGAGUUGGGAAUGCAAGAUACUACCAGCCAUCUAAAGGUUUGAUACAGAGUGGCUUCAGUUCUACCCAGAAAUUUCUUCUAAGGUGGACCAUCCUUCUUGAGAAGCCAAAACGUGAGAAUGGGCUACUAUCAAGCAAUUCACAACAAGCAAAUAUGAAUACGUUUAAUAGCAAUGCCAGGGAUGGGCCUAACAAAGAUGCAGGCAUAGAGAAUGCUGGUGCUUUGAGUGUACAAAAUGGAUAUCAAAUCCAAAAGAAGUCCUCUGCAGGAAAUGUCAAAAUAGAUGAUAAAGUAAAUAAUUUUGGUAAAGGAGUUUCCAACUUUAAUAUGAGAAAAGCUUUUUCUGAGGUGGUAGCUGGUUCAACUGCUGCAAAUUCAGGAUUUCCUCCCCUACAAUCAAAUAAACAAAUUAUGUCAAAUCCAGAUAGGAGUAUUAAGCAAAAAAGUGCGAGAGAUGGGGAAAGAGAGAAGGUUAAUGAGAUUAGUGAUGAACCAGUAUCGGAAAAAAUUGCUGUAAUUCCUGAUAUUCAUGAAGUUAAGAAUGAUAGUAUUACUGUUUCUAACGAUGUUACUAAAGGUAAUCAAAUUUUCCAGAUAGGUACACAUUUGGAUGCAAUGAAGAUCAAUAGAAUUGAGAAGAUCAGACCAAUUACCUCUUCUAAGCACGCAACAGUUUACAUUGGAUUUGAGCAUGAGUGCCCCCGUGGGCACCGCUUUAUAUUAACUGCGGACCAUCUCAACAAUCUAGGUUCUCCUUAUGUGUUGCCUGUAGAAUCUGUUGUCUCUUCAUCUUUAGAAAAUAUCGAUCAUAAGGGGGUAGGUCCCUCUAGAGGGGGUAAGAAUGGUGGCCAUGGCAAAGGCCGCCGACUGGCAAAUGGAUUCAUUCCUACUUCCUCUAGGAAGGUUCGGAAUCUGGAAAAGUCAAAUGAGGGGUUAGAUGACGGAUAUUCAAAUAUAGAAGGGCCAGCUCAACUUUCCUGGCAUCCAGUACAUGCUGCAUCAGGGGAAGAUCUUGCAACUGGUCUUCAAUCUCUAAAUCUCGAUGACUCUGGCUAUGCUACCUCCUUGUUAGAUAGAAGUUUGCCCAUAUACAUGAACUGCCCACAUUGUAUGGAAUUGAAGAGUAAGAAUGAUCAAGCAGAUGUGAGAUUUGCAGGAACCAUUUCACAGCUCCAGAGGAUCUUUCUGGUUACACCUCACUUCCCAGUCAUUUUAGCAGCAAACCCAGUCAUACAGUUUGAGGAGUCAUGUCUCCCUCCAUCUAUGCCAGACCGUAAAAAGAAGUUGCAGUUCUGUCUUGGAUGUCAAGUAAUUUUACCCCCAGAGAGUUUUCUGUCACUUCGACUACCUUUUGUUUAUGGUGUACAGCUGGAAAAUGGAAACCUCCAUCCUCUUAUGCCUUUUGAACAGCAGCCUCAACUCACUGCCUGGAUAACGAAAGGCACAACAUUGCAGAUUGUAUCCAAGGACAGCAAUCAUGAGGAACUAUUUACAUAGUCAAAUGGAUGAACUCUAAUCUAGAUGGUGCUGAGUUAAUUUUAUUAAGCAUUUUGAACUGCACUUCUUGGACAUAGUUCUCUACCGUCAGAUGCAUGCAGGAUAAGUUAUUUAUUCGUUGUGAUAGCUGGGAAAUGCAAUUGCCCAAGUACAUGGGAAGAGAAGAGGAAGUUUCCUCCACUUAGGUGGGUUUAUUAUGCUAUCACUCGGCAGACCUGGUGAUGGCUGGUUCAUCAUCAGCGGCAGGCGCUUUGGAACUUUUUGUUGAAAUACCGGGAUCUUCGUACGGUGUCUAUUCAACGUUGGCAUCCAAUGAUCUUCGGAUUUUGCUCUGGGUUCAGCUAUAGUAAGCAAGGGGAAAGAGUACACCAUAUGCAGAACCCUUCUUGGAAUUCUUUGAAGAAUGGAUCUCUAAUAAGUAGAGAUCUUUGUAUCCUUGAAGCCCUACCGCUGUUUUAAGCGUUUGUAAGAGAAAAAAAAACAGUGGUAUGAGGUGCAUUAGUUGCUGGAGCUAAUAUUAACAACUAGAAGGUGUUGCACUUGUGCAUUAAGAUUCAGAGAUUGUGACCAGCUAGUAGAGCUAGUUCUCAGGGUGAUUUAAUAACAUUAUAAAUUGAACAAUGCUGUUAUGCCUUCUGAUUGUAGUAUGUAGAGGCAUGUUAACAGCUAGUUUUCAUUUGUGUUAGUCUCUCUAAGAGCUGGAAACUUAUAGUCGUGCAUAACGUAUAAUCUAAUCGUUUUGCGACUUUUAUGAAAAGGGAGUCUUAGUUCCAAACA